GAAUACGAUGAUAAAGCUGAAGCAACACACAGAGUUGAUAGCUUGAAUUUGUUGAUAUAUGUAAUUUUACUUUUGAUUACCAUACUUACAGUUUGGCUUUUUAAACAGAGGAGGUUCAGAUUCAUUCAUGAAACCGGUUUAGCCAUAAUUUACGGAUUAAUAAUUGGGGCUAUUAUUGCAUACGCUAUUAAAAAACCUGAAGAAAAAAAGGGAAAUGAUUAUUUUAACUCUACCAACCAAUCCACUGUCAACCCUGUCUCCGUAUUUAAUGUUUGUUCACAUCAAGUUGAAACAGUGACAGAGAGUAGUAAAAAUGAAUUGCAAGAAAAAGCUAGUAUAUUUUUUUCUCACUUUUUUAAUUUUUUUUUUAUUUACGCAACAUUCGAUCCUGAAGUGUUUUUCAAUGUGAUUCUACCUCCAAUUAUUUUCAAUGCCGGAUAUCAAAUGAAAAAGAAACACUUUUUCCGCAACAUUGGAGCAAUAACAGUGAUAGCGUUCAUAGGCACAACAAUAUCCACGCUAGUCAUUGGAGGUCUUAUGUAUGGGUUUGUUUUAUUAAUAAAGUCAACGAAGCUCACAAUGUUUACCGAUUGUUUGUUAUUUGGAGCCAUUAUAUCUGCUACUGAUCCGGUGACGGUUUUGGCUAUAUUUAAUGAUCUGAAUGUUGAUGUUGAUCUGUAUGCUAUCGUAUUUGGCGAGAGUGUCUUAAAUGAUGCUGUGGCUCUUACUCUUACAAAGUCAAUUGAGAGCUACAAGAGUGCCAAAUCAGGAUUUGAUGGUAUGGCUUUCCUAAACUGUUUAGCUAUCUUUAUGAAGAUUUUUUUUGGAUCUUUGUUAUUUGGAUGUUUUAUGGGUGGUGUUACCGCCCUAUUAACUAAAUUUACAAAAUUAAAAAACUAUCCAACCUUGGAAACCUCGCUUUUCGUUCUAAUGUCAUAUGCCACCUUUUUAGCUUCUGAAUGCUUAGAUCUCACGGGUAUUGUUGCUUUAUUAUUUUGCGGCAUAUGCCAGGCUCAUUACACAUACAACAACUUAUCUGCUACAUCUCAGAACAACACUAGAGAGCUGUUCAGUUUAAUGAAUUUUUUGAUGGAAAAUUUUGUCUUCACAUACAUUGGCGUUUCAACAUUUACUUUUCAAUACCAUUCCUGGGACGCUGGAUUGACUAUAUUUGCUGUGUUUUCGGUCAUCGUCAGCCGAAUGUGUCACAUCUACCCGUUAUCUUUCCUUCUCAACCUAGGGAGAGUCCACAAAAUAACCUGCAAUAUGCAACACGUCAUGCUUUUUUCUGGGCUUAGAGGGGCCCUGGCGUUUACAUUGGCCAUCAGGAACACUUCAACGGUUGCUAGACAAACAAUUCUGUCCAUCACAUUGAUUGUUAUCAUAUUAACUGUCUUCUUGUUGGGAGGAUUCACAACUCAGAUCAUUUACUGGCUGAAAAUAAGCAUUGGCCUAAAUAUCAACCCUGAUGUAAUGACUAAUGACUACAACUUCCUCCGGUUUUAUGAUGGUUCAUCCAGUGGUUUCUUAUUGGAGGGGAGAAGUUCUGCGGCUUCUAUCUGCGAUUCAAUUCAAAUAAUUCCAUUGUUUAAGAGAAAUUUUAAAAAAUUGUUUUCAUUUGACUUGGUAUUUAUCAAACCCUUGUUAACAAAUCAUGAACCUCCACUCACCGAAACAUUACCCAAGUGCUGUUUUCCUAUUGCUAAACUGUUGUCAUCCAAAGAACAACUAACA